CAACAACAGCAACAACAGCAACAGCAGAUCGUUAGGAGUCCGCAGAAGGAGGACUGGAGGACUGAACAAGUUGAGGAUGGUGGACACGUGGCUACUUCGGAUGAUUCGAGCUGCAGUCAUCAUUAUUAUAUGCAUCAUCAUCAUCAUCAUCAUGUGCACAGGGAAGGAGCAAAUAGGCAUAGGAGAACCAGGGAGAGUCCUAGGAGGAAGACUACUAGUUAUGUACCUGGUCGAAGAAGAAGCGAGGAUAAAAACGCAGCUAUAACUGGUAGCCUGCCACGAAGAAGAUCCCGAGCAGCGGACGAUAUAGUGUGCUCUCGGCUGAGUCCGGGCCGCUACCAGCGUAGCCCGGGCCACAAUGGGCAAAGAGCUGUUAUAGUCGAAUCUCAGAGUCCUGAGACAAGGCUGAAAGCUUUGUCAGCGGAAUCGUUGAGAUCGGUCAGCCCUGGCAGCGACAGUGUUUUCUACAGCGAGGGGGCUGACCAGUGCCUGGCUGUCACUGCCUUCGAUAAUCAUCACUGUCAUCAUUGUGGUCGAGAG